AUGGCGCCGAAGCCGCUGGACUACGAGUUGCUGAAUGAGAAUGUGAAGAAAGUUGCAUAUGCUGUCAAAGGGGAGCUUUACCUGCGGGCUUCGAAGUUGCAGAAGGAGGGGAAGAAGUCUGUUUCUCAAGCUAAACUGCUUUGCAACUUGUUUCCUCUUGUUAACGGUGAUCUGGAAAAGAAAUGUGCAUAUAGUGAUUCUCAAGGACUUCCUGGAAUUAGGAAAGAAUUUGCAGAUCAUCUGCAAGGGAUGUUCAAUCGAACUAUCAGAUUAUUAGAAGCAGGUAUCGAGCCAGUAUAUGUAUUUGACGGUCAACCUCCAGAGCUGAAGAAACAAGAACUUGCCAAAAGAUAUUUAAAGAGGAAAGAUGCAACUAACGAUCUGAACUCAACAAUUGAGACUGGUGAUUUGGAGGGAAUUGAAAAGUACAACAAAAGGACUGUCAAGGUAACCAAGCAACAUAAUGAAGAUUGUAAACGUCUCUUAAGACUAAUGGGUGUGCCUACUAUUGAGGCACCCUGUGAAGCAGAAGCUCAAUGUGCAGCUCUUUGCAAAAGUGACAAGGUGUUUGCAGUUGCCUCAGAAAACAUGGAUACUUUAACUUUUGGGGUACCAAGGUUUCUCUAUCAUUUAAUGGAUCCUAGUUCCAAAAAAAUCUCUGUGAUGGAAUUUGACGUUUCAAAGGUUCUUGAAGAGCUAAGACUCACUAUGGAUCAGUUCAUUGAUUUGUGUAUUCUCUCUGGAUGUGAUUAUUGUGAUAACAUUAAAAGUAAACUUUCUUAUGAGAUAUUGUACAUUCAACAAGUUUAA